AUGAAUCAGCGUCCUUCUAGUCGUCCAAAAGCUUCCUUGUAUGUUGGAGACAUACACCAACAUGUUACCGAGGCAAUGCUCUACAACCACUUCAGUCCCGCCGGGACCAUCCACUCUAUCCGCGUCUGCAGAGACAGGGUCAACAAGCGCUCUCUGGGUUAUGCCUAUGUCAACUUCAAGAGGUCAGUGGAUGCCGAGCACGCCUUAGAUUUCUUGAAUUUUAAACUGACUGAUGGCUCUCCGAUUCGUGUAACUUGGGCCCACCAGCGCGACCCGACCAUGACAAAGAGCGGUGUGGGUAAAGUCUUUAUUAAGAACCUGGACACGUCAAUAGAUAACGAAAAUCUAUACGACACCUUCUCUGGCUUCGGCAAAAUCUUGUCGAGCAAGAUUGCAUGUGGUAACAAUGGCUCAAAGGGCUAUGGUUUUGUUCAAUUUGAGACCGCGGAGGCUGCCGAGAAAUCUAUAGAAAGAUUGGACGGUAUGCUGUUUAAUGACAGAAAAGCAUUUGUGGGCCGCUUCAAAUCUCGCAAGGAGCGCCAAGCUGAGCGAUUUGGUUCAUGCGCAAAGUUCACCAAUAUCUACAUCAAGAACUUUGGACAGGAUGUGGAUGAGCAGAAGCUGACAGAGGUGUUCAGCAAGUAUGGAAAGAUCACGAGCGUCUGUGUCAUGAAGGAUGAGAAUGGCAAGUCCCGAGGGUUCGGCUUUGUGAACUUUGAGAGGCACGAGGAUGCGCAAAAAGCUGUGGAUGACAUGAAAGGAAUGCAAAUUAGCGGCAAGCUGAUCUAUGUUGGCCGCGCCCAGAAGAGGUUAGAGCGUCAGUCCAAGCUCAAGCGUUGGUUCCAGCAGAACCAGGCUCGCAUGACAUGCCCUUCUAAGCAGCUGCAGCACAUGAGUGCCCAGAUCCACUCCAAGACCAAAGCCCAGGUCAAGGUCCAGACCCUGACCCAGGAAAAUGCCCAGGUCGAGACCCAGCCUAAGGUCCAUGUCUGGACCCAUCCUCAGGCCCAAGCUAACCAGGAUUUCAAAUCUUCUGCAGCUGAGACCAGCCUGACGAAGCUUGUUGAUGGUCUCCACGGAGUCGUGGGAAGGGAGACCUUCUUGCAGCUUGAAGACCUCAAGCCUGUCGCAGCCAGAGACCUGAGCCUGCUUCACCUGAGCAGAGAGCUUCAACCAGAAACGGCGGUUUCUUCCAAGAGCCAUGUUGGCUCCAUAGCUGCUCCCAGGCAGAAAGCAAAGAAGAAGGGAGGAGGAUGUUUCUGUGGCCUCAUGAGGGCUUUCGGGAGAGCUGAUUGCACUGUGGGUGAGAAGACCUAUGGUGGAAUCUUACAUGCAGAGAACAUCACCUCCAUGAAAGCUGCUGCAUCUGCAGUGAAGAAUGGAGAUGCUGAUCAGUUUCCCACUACUCUGUAA